AUGAAUUUUCUAUCUUCUUCUGCUUUACGUCGUAAAAAAGAUACCAGACGUGGGGUGAAAUUCACCAUCAUGGUGGUGGGACAGUCAGGUAUUGGGAAAUCAACAUUUGUGAAUACAUUAUUGGACACCAAGAUUGUCCCACACAAAUACGAACCUAUUGGUACUACCAUCGAUGAACCAAAGAUUGCGUCUUUCAGCACAAUUGAUGAUUCUUCUACCAUAAAUGCCGCAGUUUUCCAAAGAGAUUUCAAUCCAGCCUUAGCCGAUCAAGAACCUGGAAUUGCCAUUACCGAAUCAGAAGUGGAAAUUUUGAACAAAGGUGAUUAUUCCAGGAUUUUUUUGAACGUCAUUAAUACCCCGGGUUUUGGAGAUAAUAUUGAUAAUGAAGUGUGCUUUGAAGAGAUCAUCAAUUAUUUAAAACAACAGUUUGACAUAGUGUUAGCUGAAGAAACCAAGUUCAAAAGAAAUCCAAAAUUCAAAGAUACCAGAGUUCAUGCUUGUCUUUAUUUCAUCACCCCUACCGGCCACGGGUUAAGAGAACUAGAUGUCGAAAUUAUCAAGAAGCUAUCGAAAUAUGUCAAUAUUAUUCCAGUGAUUGGCAGAGCCGAUAGUUUUACUAAAGAGGAAUUGGCUGAUUUUAAGCGAAACAUCUUAUAUGAUAUUGAAAAAUUCAACGUACCAGUUUUCCAAUUCACCUACGAUGAUGAUGAAGAAGCUAUUCCGGAAGAAGACGAGAUGUCAGAUGAGGAAGAAAAUAUUUUGAGUGAAAACAAGUACUUGCAAUCGAUUCAACCAUUCGCGAUUAUUUCAUCCGAAGAUGAAAUAGAAAUUGAUGGGAAACUGAUCAAAGGUAGACAGUAUCCUUGGGGAUUCAUAGAUAUUCAUAAUCCAGAGUAUUCUGAUUUCAAGCUUUUGAAAAAUGUUUUACUUAGUACUCACUUGCAAGAUUUGAAAGAUUUAACCCACGAUUAUCUUUAUGAAAACUAUAGAACUGAAAAGUUAAGAGCCGUCAAUGGCAUCAAUGACGAGACUACACCUGAGACUAAAAAGAAAGAAUUCUUGGGAUCUAGAGACUCUUACAUUCCUGAACCUCCAUCGUUAUCUAAUCUUAACGCGUUGGCAAACAUCAAGGAUUCGAUGAUACUUGAAGAACAGAAUGAAAAGGAUUUUGCCAAUAUUUUGGAUAGCGCACAAUUAAAUAGUCAACCUUCAAUCUCCUCAUUUGCUCAAGAAACCAUUUCAUCCCAGAAAUCUAUUGAUUCAAAGAACAGAUCACAAUUAAGAUUGCUCUCUGAAACCGUUCCUUACGCGUUGAAACAAGAACAAAUCCAACAACGUAAACAAAAAUUGGCGGAAUUGGAGGCCAAAUCCGCAAAAGAAAUGAAAUUGAAGGAGGAAGCUUUGGAGAAGAAGGCAUUGGAAUUGAAAUUGAGAGAGCAGGAAUUACUUGCCAAGAUGAGUGAGCUAGGGAUCUCAGGCAAUGCAAGUUUUGCUAGUGAUAAUUGA